UCCAGACCAGCCGCCUCGACUAACCUGCCCUGCACCCACUGGGCCUGGACCACAUUACUUGGGUUAAGCCUCAAGAGGGGCAACAAAAAAAGAAAGGGGUCUUGGGGCAUCUAAGACAACUGCUCCCUGUCUGCCCUACCUCCCCCCAUCAAUCCUGGUGCCGUUUUUGGAGGUCUUCCAGAAAGCCCCCAGAUUCUCUAACACACUGCCACUAAUAGUCGGGAGUGAGAGGCUUCAGUCGGCGACCACAAGUCCUCCAACACGGAGUAAACAACGCCGGAGUGAACUCAUCUGUGCAGCCCGUUAAACCAGUGCCAUGACAGAUCGUUCUAUUCCUCAUGAUAGCUUUGAGGACGUGUGUCUCUCGUCAGACGACGAGCAGGAGCAGAAGCAGGAGCAGGAGCAGGAGAAGGAGGAGCAGGAGUUUGAGAAGAAUGACAGUGUAGUUGACGACGACAGGAGUACUGCUGCUCCCAAACCUACUGGGUUUCGUCUAUUUCUCAUAAACAGCGGUGGAGAGCCGGCAGUGCUUUUAGUUCCUGUAGUAGAACCUCAAGCUGAUGGACUUUCCGCAUCCGAACAAGACCUUGGCAGUGAAACCCCUGAGCUCCACAAUCCUGUUCAGCGAGCUCCUGAGACCGAGGCUGCCAAACUUCUGUCGACUAUACAAGACGUUGGCAAUGGAUCCUCUGAACUCAAUGAUCCUACUCGACAGCAAAAGCAUGAGGCUGCCACACUUGUAUCAUCUAUGCAAGACCUUGACAGUCAAACUGCUGUGACUCCCACUGAACAGUGUGAGAAUGAGGAAGCUUUACCCAUUUCAUCUGUACACGAGUAUGGCAGUGACACUGACCAGCUUUCCUCUACUACUGAACAGUGCAAUUCCGAAGCAGUUUUGCCUCACCCACCUACACAUGAAUAUGGCUGGGAAGUAAUUGAUCAGCCUCCCUCUCCUAUUCCUCAGUGCAAAACCGAGGCAGCGGUACACCUUUCAUCUGAACAAGAGUCUGGCAGUCAGACUGACCUGUCCCUCUCUCUAACUGAACUGUGCGAAACUGAGAAAGCAGUACUACUCUCAUCUGAACAAAAGUUUGGCAGUCAAACUGAACUGCCUUCCUCUCAUACUGCACAGUGUGAGAUUGAGGCAGCUUUAACUCCCUCAUCCGUGAAAGAGUUUAGCAGUGAAAUUGACCUGCCGCCAUCCCAUAUUCCACAGUGUGAAACUGAGAAAGCUAUACUCCUCUCACCCACCCAAGAGUUUGAUGGUGAAACUGACCUGCAUCUCUUACGUACUGAAGAGUGCGAGAAUGAGGCAGCUUUAACUCCCUCAUCUGUGAAAGAGGUUGGCACUUCAACUAAUCUGCUGCCCUCUCCUAUUCUGCAGAGUGAACCCAAGGCUGCUUUACUUCUCUCAUCCGCACAAGGGUAUGGCAGUCACACCGACCUGUCUCCCUCUCCUACUGAAGAAUAUGAAACUGAGAAAGCUGUACUCCUCUCAUCGAAUGAACGAGACAUUGGCAGUCAAACUAACCUGCCUCCCAAACCAACUGAACAGUGUGAAACUGAGGCAGCUUUACCGCUCUCACCUGCACAAGAGUUUGGCAAUCAAACUGGCCUGCCCCCAACUCCUGUUGAACAGCGUGAAACCGAAGCAUCUAUACUUCUCUCAUCUGAACCAGAGUUUGGCAGCGGACCUGGCCUGCCUCCAACUCCUAUUGAGCAGUGUAAAACCAAGGCAGCUUUACUUUUCUCAUAUACACAACAGUAUGGUAGUAAAGCCAACUUUUCUCCUUUCUGUGAGAGCGAAGCCGUUUUACUUAUCUCAUCUACACAAGAGUUUGACGAUGGAGACAGUGACAGUGACACCUGGGGCUCAUACUGCACUGCAGUCUCCUCUCUGAGUGACUUAGACGACUCCCCUGACAACGAAACAUGUCCCCCCUGCCCAGGACCUGCAGGUCACCUUGAUGACCCGACCCCUGGGGUCAAGAAUCCUGUUUCUGUUGGAGAGUUCAACAGCAACAAUGCUCGAGAACCUUCUACACCCAUACAAGUGUAUGGUGAUGCUGAAACUGCUGAGAUUGAAAGUGAAACAGUUGUGCCUUCAGAAUCAAAAUACGAGAGUGAAUCAGUUGAAAACAUUGCUCAAGAACACCUAGCUCCCAGCCCAAUGUGUGGUGAUGAUAGAACGGCUAAUUAUGAUGGGGAAGGUGCUGUGACUUCAGAAUCAAAAUAUGAGAGUGAAUCUGAUGUUCUUCUCUCAUCUAUUCAAGAUGUUGCUGAAGAUCCGCCUACACCCGAACAAGCGUGUGAUCCUGAAACUGCUGAGCGUUAUAGUGAAACGACUGUGCCUUCAGAAUCAUACUAUGAGUGUGCACAUGUGCUUCUCUCAUCUAUUGAAGACAUUGCACAAGAAUCCCUUGAGCCUAGACAUGUGUGUGAUGCUAAAACAGCUGAGGUUCACCCAUUUGUUGUGGAGCUUGAUGGUGAAACAGCGGUGCCUUUAGAAUCAAAACGUGACCGUGACAUUUUUCGGGAAUCUGCUGCACCCAGACAUGAGCUUCACAGUGAAUCUUAUGUGCCUUCAGAAUCAACAUAUGAGAGAGAAUCUGAUGUGCUUCUCUCAUCCAUUGGAGACAUUGCUCAAGAACCCUGUACGCCCGAACAAGCUUGUGAUCCUGAAACUGCUGAGAUUGACGGUGAAACAACUGUGCUUUCAGAAUCAAACUAUGAGUGUGCAUAUGUGCUUCUCUCAUCUCUCGAAGACAUUGCUCAUGAAUCCCCUCCACCCACACAAGUCUGUGACACCAAAACGGCUGAGGUUCACCCAUUUGUGGUGGAGCUUGAUAGUAAAACAACAGAAUCAGAAUCUGAUUCUGAAAAUGAGAGUAAAUGUUGCUUGACUCUCUCACCUGUUGAAGAUAUUGCUCAAGACUCCCCUGCACUCAGACAAGAGUGUGAUGCUGAAACUGCCGAGGUUCAUCCGUUUAUGGUGGGUCUCGAUAAUGAAAUUAUUGUGCCUCCAAGGCCUGUAUCAGAAUGUGGAGGUGAAUUGUAUGCCCUGCUCUCAUCUAUUGACGACUUGGAAAGUAUAAUUGCUGUGUCUCCAACACCUAUUCAACAGACUAACAAAGAGGCUGCCACAUUUCUCUCACCUGUACAAAACAUGAAGAGUGAGACUGCUCUCAUCCAAGGUCCUGUUCAACAGUAUGACAAUGAGGCUGUUGUGGAUCUUUCGACUGUACAAGACGUUAACACAGCGGAGGACAAAAAAUCCCCCCCUUACUCAGAAACCGCAGACAGCCCUGCAGUCAGAACUUCUGAAGUGAAGAUGUGUGCCCCUUGUCCUCCACCCAGGCGUAAGAAGAAUCAGAAAACAGCUCAGCUUCAUGUCCCUGUUCCCGUACUGGAGUUCGACAGUGAUGUCGCUGCAAUUGUUCCUUACAGACAACAUUGUGAUGAUACAACUGUGGAGCACCACUGUUCUGUGCAAGAGCUUAACAGUGAGACAGCUGUGUCUCAGGCACCUAUUCGAGGGAGAGGAGGUGAAGUUGGCGAAUGCCUCUCAUCUAAAAAUCAUCUUACUUGUGACACUGCUGUUCUUAAGUAUGAAAAUGAACCUGAUGUACUUCCCUCACAUAACCAAGAAUAUGGGCAUGAAGCCCUUCAAAGUGAAGCUUCUGUGUAUUUGCCUCCCAUCAAAAAGAACAACAAUAAGGCUGAUACCCCUCCUUCAUACAAACGUGAUCCUGAGACCCCUGUGGGCAAAGGAUGUCCACGUCAAGUCAAGACAGCUAAAAUCAAGAGUCCUGCUUCUGCUGUUCAGUGUGACAGUGAACCUCCAGCUGUCUUUGAAGAGUGUGAUAAUGCAACUGUUGGGACUCUCCUGUAUACACAAAAGCUUGACUGUGACACUGUGGUGGCUGCAGUUCCUAUUCAAGACUGUGAAAAUGGGCCUGCUAUACGCCUCUUAUCUACAGAAGAGGAUAAAGCUUGCCCCCCCUGCCCAGAAAGUGCAGAGCGCCCUGAGGUCAAGAUUGCGGCCCCUGCUGCAGUGUUGUGCAGUGACACACCCCCUGCACCUCCUCCCAGACGAAAGUAUGACAACAAAACUACUGAGUUUCCCAUUCCUGUAAAAGAACCCGACACUGUGACUGAUAAAGAUAAGAGUUAUGCUUCUGUACUCUCCUCUACUGAAGAGUAUGAGAACAAAGCAGCUGUACAUUUUGCGCCCCUUCCAGAGAGUAAUUUUGUUAAGCCUGCAUUGCUGGAGCUGCACAGUAAGACUACUUCACUUCUCUCGUCUUCUCCAGAGGUACACAGUGGAAAAGCUAUACAUCUAUCUCAUAUUCAAGUAUGUGAAAAUAAAGCUGCUCAAGCUACGUGGGACUUGGACAGCGACAUGGCUCUAUUUACUUCUCCAUUACAACAAAUGAACUCUAAAACAGCUGUACUUCCUUUGCUAAGCUCCUCAGCUACAUCGCCUGUGGCCAGUGAAUCAGACAUUUCAUACAGAUCGCUGUCGGUGAACAGAUCAUAUAAACCUAUGGAAUGUCGCAUCUCACCCAACUCUCUCUCCGCAGCACGGACCUGCAGGCUAACUCAUCAAGUGUCACCAUUGCUUGCGGGAACGAACAAGGGAUUCGAUCCAACAGCCCACCACAACUCAGAUAUCAGCGCAGUUCAAACAGGUCACGUGCCUUUGUCCAAGCCCUCUACGUCCCCGAGAGCUAAUACCCCAUCGAGAGAUAUUGUUAAAGUCAGCAUGACCAAUCAUGCUGACACAGACACCAGGGCAGGUUUCUGCUCACCACCUCCAUCGUCCAGCCUCGACACUAUUUUGAUCACGCCCCAGGGAAAUCAAUACAACCGGGACGGGGCGAGGGAAAUCAGUGGCAGCAUGCCAACAGAGGUGCCCCCGAAACAGGGGCCAUGUCUUGCAGAGGUUGCCGGCAGCCGUGUGGCUGAAGCAGGCAGGCCGUCCUGGGGCCAACCUAUCACAUACAGCCAGCCGGAGGAGGGGGAGGGUCAGGGCAUGGAGGCCAGCUGCAGAGUGGAGCAGACUGAACUGUCACUCACGGACAGAAAUAGAAAAGCGUCUGCAAGCUGCAUCCCGACACUCACAGGCGAUGCGCGCAAGUCAGGAAUCCCGGUGCACUGUUAUUCUGAGUGUAUCCUCGCAACCGGGCAGCAACACCAGCCGCAGAGCGCCACUGAAUUGCGAAGGUGGCAAAAGCAGAGCGGCCAAGUCGCCUGGAGGUCUAGAGUGGUCCCUCACAAAGUUAUCGGCAGCUCCAGAAAGGACUUCAGCGCCACGCAGAAGCAGAGCAGUGGAAAAAACAACAUGGGCACCAAGCUCAGUCAGACGGAGAGCGAGGUCAAGACUCUCAGUAACCUGCCAGCAAAGACAUUCUCCUGCCCAGACACAAAUUAUCUGGAUGUUAACAACCUAACCUCCAGUCGGCCCUCCUCUACGGAGCCUUACACAGACAGCAGUAGUCUAAAUGGCUGGGCGGCAGAGGUGGAGGAUGGCCACGGUUUUAAGCUGCCCAUGCCGUUUUCGCAGACCCAAAACAACACAUCAGCAUGCUCCGAGGCCAGCAGUGUGGAGUGCAUCGUUGUGGCCCUGGAGACACAGGAGGAGGUGCAGAGGGGCAGCCUGAAGACGGUCCCAAAGAGGCAGAUACAGCUGAAGAGGAAGGACACAGCAGAAGCGAUCGCCACGGAGAACCACGACCAGAAUCAGCCCCAGGAGGCUCCUCCGACACCCAGCCGCCCGCGAGACAUCUUCCUGCGUCAGCACAGCACACCGGCAGCCUUCCACCAGGAGCCACAUGGGCCCGAGCAGAGGUCAGUUCAGGCCGUACGUAAACAGAGGCUGCAGAAGUCCCUGUCACUGGACGAGACUUCCAGCAAAACAAAAAUCGCCUCGUGUCUGAUAAAGAAUGUGCUGUCGAAAAAGAUGCAACACGAGCAGGGUUUUCGGGGUGCUGAGCCUCAGGAGAAUGCUGUUGCCCCACUCAAGGCGGCGGCACAAACCAAUGGAAAUGUAAAUUACCAGCCUGCCAAGGAAAGCACCCCAGAACUUGACACAAAAAUGAACUCGAAUUCAACUGUUUCCACACAGCACAGGGCCCCCUCACAGAGUCCGCCGCUGAAAGCGCCAGUCGGCUCAAUCAAAGAACACAUCAGUGUCAGUUCCAAAACCCAACAGAAACCCAUGAUGAAGCAUAGCUUUAACCCUCUGUACCGCACAGCACUUGGACGGGCCGAGUUUCAGUCCCAGAGUGACAGCCCAGAAAUAACCGCCGCGGCGGAUGGCAAGAAAGCAGAGAAGCCAAUCCCCAGGGACGAGGCAGUGCUGCUGCCUAGCUGGAGCCCGGGGGACAAGCUAUCCUGUGACUCAGCAAAGGGCAAAGCCUGGAAAACGAGCACAGCGCUAAGCACGGCGGCCACAGCCUCCUCACAGGCCGGACUGAAAGCCACACCCGAGGAAUGCGGCGCGGCAAAGGGAAAUCUUAAACAGCAGCCUCAGCAGCAACAGCAACAGCAUGUCAAGACCCAACUAGCAGCCAAGACAACGUGGGAGAAAGAUGCCAGGAAGGAUAAACUCAAUGGCACCGCAGACGUGCCAGUGCAGAAGAUUUCCGGUCUGCUUUCUGAUCAGGAAUUGAGCUCAGAUGAGAGCCCUCAGCCCCUGACACCAGAGUGCCUAGUGGGAAGCCUGACAGAAAAAGGCGAAAGUAAGGCACCAGGACAUUAUGGUAACCCAAGCACUCAUGAUAUAUUGAAAGGAAUUGCACCAGUUCAUGUGGUUAGAGAUGUGAGAAGCCUCGUGAAAAACACCUACAAUCUUUCAUUCCGAGGAUCUGAUGACACACCACUGGGAUAUGAGGAUGGCGGUCCCUCUGGCAUUGUAAAAGUAGUCGCACCGCAGUGCCGGAGAGUGGGCGAGAGGGGCAGUGCAUUGGGAUCUGUGGACAAACACAUGGGGAAGAAAGCCCCCACAUCACCAGCUGCCCAGGUGGAGAAGAUAAGGGAUUUAAGCGCUCAACACAAUGGUCCCAGAGGAGGCCUGAGUAAGCGCGACACAGGAUUUACAAAGGUUAGUCCAAACAGUCUGUUUACUGCCAGCAGCUGCCCUGAGCCGAGUGGCGUGGCAGGAAUGGCCGGCAGUGCAAGCUUGUGUAAACUUGACGCCCCGAGUGACAACACAAAAUGUAAACACGCCAAACGGGCGGAGGGGCCGCCACAGGCUUUACCGGAACCCCCCUCCGCAACCAUGAAGCUGCUGAUUGAUGGAGAUGUUUUGGCAGCUGUCAAGCAGCAAGAGCAACUUCAUCAAAGGCAAGGGCCUGGCGAGGAGGGCCACUCUCCGCCUCAGGUGAUACCUGUACACGGCUUUGCCACGGCAGCUGCGGCCCCUCAGUGUUUCACGUCCACAUCGCUCCUCCGAGAUAGCUUCGUGAGCCCGUCUCUGACACCUGUGCUCACGGCUGCUCUCUCCCCUACCCAGGUGAUGUCUGCUUACUACUACAAGCCCAAUGCUCUGAGCUAUCAGGCCAUCUCUCCGCAUGUAGGCACAGUGGGUUACGUGCAGGGUCCCAUGAUCCUGCAAACGUCAGCGCAGGCGAUCCCAUCCGCCGGAACUGGUACAUUGGUGAAGCACAUCACGGACGAUAGCCGGCGAGCAUCGUUGAGCUCCCACGCAGAGAAACGCUCGGGACACAAGGGCUCGCCGAAGCAGACUGGAGAUGGAGAAAGCCAGAGAGACGGGAGCGGUGAUGCUACAAGGCCCUCUCCAGAGGCGCAGCAACAGUACCUGUGCGGCACCCAGACUAUCGUGCUGGCCCCCGAGGGCAGACGCAGCAGCGCUGGUACUCUUUACCCAGAGCUGAGUAGCAGUGCUGGGCUGAUACACGGACAGGCCGCCGGACCUCGACACCUCCUUGUGGACCCCGAGACGGGGAGGUGCUUCUACAUGGACGUCCCGGCACAACCACAGCCACAGCGGAAGAUGCUUUUUGACCCGGAGACAUGCCAGUACGUGGAGGUUCUGCUGCCCCAACAGACCAUGCCCAGCGCUGUCAUGUCUCCAACGUGUGCCGUGUCUCUACCCUUCCCUGCUGUGUACACCCCCAACUGCCUCCCCUACCUGCAGUCACACGCACAGGUACUGCAUCACCCGGGACCCUGAGGUGACUUGGGGGGGUAAUCUUAAGGACUGGCGUAAUGCUUUCAAAUAAGCUGCUUAUAGAGGAUGACCAUGGGGCUGAGUGUUUUGGGUGUGAAUGCCGGUUUCUGGUUAGGGAAAGUUUUCUCUUUUCUCUAUGCAAUGUGUAUGUAUCUGCUCUUUUGAUGUGUUGAGAUUCAUGUUUGUUUUUUCUUCCAUAUCACAAAACACACUGCCUUGAAUUUGCCAUAUUAUUGUGUGUCGGUGUAAAGAAGUAAGUGUGAUAUUGUGUAUCUAACUGCAGUCACUGUGUAGUCUACUUGAAAUCAAUGUGGAAAAUUAUUAAUCAGUGGUAUUAAGGACAGGGUGGUAGACAAAAUGUCUUUUCUAGUUCAUAGCUGUAUCUGACCUAGGUUUUUAUCAGUAGUUGGGUCUGCAAGCUGUUCCCAGCACGGAGGCUAUUUUAACAACCAGAACAUUCAGUGUGACAUUUAAACAGCCAGAACAUUGUGCGUUUAUCUGAGCUUUCUGUUUUUUUUUGUCUGAUUCAAUGUGUACAAUGAAAAAUCUAUUUGUAUUAUGUAUUCUUAGUUAUGUCCUUUUUAUAGGAAUGAGGCAGAUCCUGUAUUCAAGAUCUAAAUUACUGCUCAAGAUGAUUCCUUACAAAUUACUGUCUUUCAACAAUCAUUUACAGACAUUAGUUAAUUAAUUUGAUGUAAUAUAGUAGUCUAAAAUGUAAUACACAUAAUACAACUAGGCUACACUAAAAUAGUCUAAAGGCUUAGCUUUGACAGAAAAUGCUUCCCCCACAGUGGUUGCAAAUACUCCGCGCCUACUACUAUGUGAGAAAACAUGACCUCUACUUGAAAACAGGAUGCCUGUUGAAUCAAAGGCAGUGGCAGUGAAUGGAAUGCAUCUGUGACAGUAUACCUCUAAAAAGACUGUUACGACUUCGUAAGUACAGUACACAUUUGGAGCACAAAGAUAAGGCAAAGGGCAAAGGCAAGGGGAGGUGUUUGACCUAGUGUAGGGCUGACGCAUGUAUGUGGUAUUGAGGAGAGACCUGGCAAGGCAUGACACGUUUUCAUGGUUCUCGCCGUGGCAGGGGAUUGUGGGUUGGUGAAAAUGGUUUCCGUGGCAACGCAUGUGAUAGAUGAAGUGGUGCUCACUUGGUGUUCUGUACAACGAGUACUGCAGUGAAGACACUCCACUUCCUUAAAUGAGCUUAAGAGUUGAUUUAUCCGCUCUAGUAUUUUGGAAAUGAUAAAUAACAGCGGAGUGAAUUACGAGUUCUUUUUUUAUAUACAGUGUGGUAUGUAAUAGCUGAAAGUAAGCAAAGAGGGGUGAGGGGAUCUCUCUUAUGCAUCACUGUUUACUGGGAGUGUUUUGUUUCUAUCUGUACCUUAAAUGUCACUGGGUUAUUUAUAAAUAGUAAUGUUUGAUACAGAGCCUCUCAAAUUAAUGUCAGGGGAUCAAUGUUGCCAUGACUGAUACAUAGUAUGUGAUUUCUGCAACAUGCCCCUUCUUACACUAAUUCUGUAUGCACUGGAUGCUCUGUCCUCUCCUGACUGCAUUGGAUUCCAAAGUACACUAAGCUAUUUUUUCAGGACAAUAUUGCUCAAUUAAUGGUAAAAUGGCUUGAAAUCUUUUUCAACUUUGUAAUUACAACUUUCUUGUAUUCAUAUUUGUAAAUAGUUGACACUUACUGUUGAUCGAUAUUUCUUUUACCCCACUGCAGCACACGGUGGCAGAAUAACUAUGUGGAUCUAAAAUGUUUGCAUUUGACUUUCACUCCUACUAGAUAUAUGAAUUGCACCUUUGUACUAUUCCAUGCCUGUGUUUUAGUGCUUACCUCUUAAAUGAAUGCAUAAGUUACGACAUGGAUCACUUGAAUUUAAAUUUUGUACACUUGAGAAGUAAAUAAAUACAACAAACUUAAGAAAUGUUUUGGU